GAAGAGAGAGAGAAGGGAGAGAGCGCGCGAUAAGAGGGGAGAGAGAAAAUGGAAAAAGAGAUUACUUACAUGUUUGUAGUUCUAUUAUUGUUCACUUGAAAUACUUACGUGUCAAAAUUCUAUUAGAUGGUGUAAAAGUCCAUAACUCACCCGUCCGUGCCGUCAACGACUGCGGAACGGAGACCAUUGACCUGGGUAUAACUUAUUGAAGGGAUUAGCUAUCCCUAAAGGUACAGACAACUGAUCAAAGCUUUUGCAAUAGAUCAAGCGAAAAAAAAUGAGAAGAGAGGCAGAGGCAGCAGAUCUAAGGUUAUCGGCUUCGGGACGAAAUGGGCAUUCCCAACAAGUCAACAGCCCUACCAUCACCACAACUUCUACAGACGUAUGUGGCUCGACCUCAGAUCCUGUUAAAGGAGGAGAAAAAGAACGUGGCAUUCAAAAUGAUGGAGAGUUUAAUCUUGAAGAUGAGGAGAAUCUUAAGAGCAAAGGAACAGUACCAGUUAUUAAUGGGUCUGCAGGUUCCAAGGAUUCGCUUCAGGAUCAGACCGAUCAAAAUGAUCAAAGAGACGACAAUUACAUCACCAAAGGAGAUGAGUUGAAAGAGGCAGAUCUUGAAACGGAAAACAAAAGGAUACCGUUCUGGCGUAAACUGAUAGCAUAUCGCCCAUGGAAAUCUAAACGUUCUAGAUCUGAUCUUGAACGCAAAGGGAAGCUAACUCUCGUUUGAGGUGAUAAAUGCGAGCGUUGUUGCCAUGGUAAAAACGUGAUGAAGAUCAAGCCACAUCUCUCGGGGAUCGGUAUGAAAUUCAAGGGAAUUGGUAAUGGAGGGACUAAUGAAAUUAAGAAGCCAGGUAAGAACCAUAUCUUUUGCUUGGUUCCAUUGGGUAUAAUCUAUAAAAGUGGGUUCAGGUAGGGAGAGAGUGCCAUCAACAAAACUGAGUUUAUUUUUGGCGUUAAGGGCACAGGUCAUGGCUUUUUGCCAUUUGGGAAAAUUGUCCCCUAUAAGGAGGCUAGAGACAAGGAUAAGGCUAGGUGAGUUUGAGGGAUGGAGAAGAUAUGGGGAGGAAGGAGGGUUUGAAGAUGAGGCUAUUUGGGCAUGAGAAAGAUGACCGUGUUAGGCUGAUACCAUGUCAAGAAUUCAAUCUUUGUAUUUCUGAAAACUUAAUAUUUACAAUGAAAGAAUAAUCUAAUAAAUAGAUACAAAGUCUAGGCUAUCUAUAGAAAUGGAUCAAGUAUGGAAAUAAGUUACAAAUACAAUUUUAUGACCAAUUUCCUAAAAUCAAGAUGAUGUUGGUAUGGUAGUGAUUGUCAUGAGUUUGUGCAAUGGUGAUUCUGUGAAUAUUUCUCAAACCUGCUGCCUUCAACAACAUAGAAAUUAAACUACUAUAGAAUAAACUAAUUCAGU